UCCAAAGUAAAUGAAAAAUCCUACAACAUUCAAUGAAAACGUCAAACAAAAAAAUUGGAUAGCUGAAUGAGUUGCUGGAUCACAUGCCCAUUUCCUUAUUUCAAGUUUUGAUAAAUUUUGCUGAUAGAAAGGAUGACAGUUACUAAACUAGCGGCUUCUCAAUGGCUGGAACAAAUAAAAAAGGCACAAAGGCAUGGAGAAGAACAAGGCAAAACAUCUCAUGUCCAUCCAUAUAUCUUCACCAUACCAGAGCCCCUGCGAAGUGAAAGGCCAGAAGCUUACGUGCCACAGGUAGUUUCUCUUGGACCUUACCACCAUCUUAAGCUUGAUCUGUAUGACUCUGAAAGAUACAAAACUAAGCUUACCAUCCAAGUUGAGAAAAAGGCAAAACAAGGGGUUUUUGAGGAUUUGGUUAAAGAUCUAAUUAGCCUUGGAGGGGAGAUAAGGAACAGCUAUAAUGAUCAAAUUGGGUGUGGAGAUGAAGUGUUGGGGUGGAUGAUGGCUCGAGAUGCUGUGUUUAUUCUGGAAUUUAUUGGCUGUUAUGACCAAUGUGAAAGCCCCAGAAUUCAACAGACAAACCCUAAUGUUACAAACAUAGAAGCUGUUUUUCAUCCAGAAAGGAAGAGUCCUUUGUUCUUCCCUCUUCAGGCUGAUAUAUUUAAGCUGGAGAACCAAAUCCCACUUUUCAUUUUGAAAAAAGUUUUGGAAUGGCAGACUGGCUCAGAAACUCAAGCUUUAAACAGGCUUAAUAUGACAAUUUCAAGAGCCUGUAAAAAUUUCUCCCCUUUCAGGCAUGUUGGGGAUUCUUUUCGUUCUGUUUCAGGACAACGUUCCAGUGAUUCGCUUGAAGAAAUGCAUAUACUGGAAUGCCUUUACAAUUUCGUCGUGCCUAAGAGAAUUCCUGCUCAGACUAGUGUUCAUGUUGAACAUGAUCAUGAUGGGAUUGUGCUCAUGAACACUGCUUUUAAGUUUCUUCAUCUGAUGACAUCAAGAUUUAGAGUGCUUUUGUCUCCAAAAUCAAAUCACAAAGCUGGCAUAAAUCUCCCUUCAGCAACAGAAUUACAGAGAAAAGGGGUGAAAUUCUCUUCUUUCACAUGGGCAUCUGACGAGAUAAGGUUUGAUAGCUCCAGUUCUACGUUGUUCCUCCCUUGCAUACAUAUAGAUUACAGAACAGAUGUUUUCUUGAGGAAUAUGAUGGCACUGGAAGCAUUCAUGAAGUGGAAAACUAGACAUUUUACUUGCUAUGCAGACCUGAUGGACAGAUUGGUUGACACUCCUAAUGAUGUUGCAGUACUGAAGAAAAAUGGUAUCAUCUACAGUAAUUUAGGAAGUGAUAAAGAGAUAAGCAUUCUGUGGAAUGGCAUCAGCAGAUCAAUCUGGAGAAGCCCAUAUGAUCCUAUUGACAAUACAAUCAAGGCUGUAAAUGAUUAUUACAGAAGUAGGUAUAGAGUUUUAUUUGGUGAGUUUGUACAAGAACAUUUUUCAAAGCCAUGGCAAGUUGUAUCAGUGGUGGGAGCAUGCAUUCUGCUCCUCCUGACUUUCUUGCAGACAUUAUUCUCAUAUUUUGAACUUCACCAAAAAUGUGAACAUAAGUGCUCAUAGAUUCCGUUUAAAGUAUUUCAUAUCUGUAGCUUUUAGAAAAUUGAUUCCUCCCGAGUCUUCCAUCAGCCACCUAUCUGUUAGGAGCAGUAGAAUAUUUUCCUAGGUAUCUUGAUUCCUCUUACCCAUGACGUGAGAGCAGCAGGAAUGUUUUUGCCAGUAGACUAAAUGUUGGUUGGUAAUUUUGAAUUUUGAGUUUUUGAGUGGGCAAGACAGCAACGGACAAAUAGGGGGAAUGUAACGGACAGUUAGAGAGUUGGAAGAUUUUAAGAAAUCAAUUUGAAGCUCCAGAUGAACAGAGGAAGGAGUUCUGAGUAGCUAGCUCCAGAUUGAGUAUGACUGGGUUCAGCUUUAGAUUGUUGCAGCAUCGCAGAUAAAAUAUUUGUAAUCUAUAUUAUACUAUAUUCUGAAUUUGUAAAAUUAAUUUUAUGUUUAAUAGAAAAGAAGAAAUUGCCUGUC